AUGGCAACGCUAUCUGACGCCUUCACGGCAUUGAAUGCCGCGAUUGAUAACACCCCACUCAUUGAUAACCACUGCCAUAACCUUCUGAGGCCGAAUCACAUCAGCAAGGUGCCAUUGCUGUCGAUUGCCUCAGAAGCACAAGGAAACGAGGCAUUGGAAGCUUCCAAAACGAGUCUAGCUCACAUACGAGCAACCAAACAUCUAGCUCAGGUCCUCAGCUGUGAGCAGAAUUGGGAUGCUGUCGAGGCGGCUGUUCGCGUCCAGCACUCUCAGGAUCCAGCUGCCUGGCACAGACGCUGCUAUCAAGGCUUUGAGACUCUUCUUCUGGAUGACGGAUUUGGAGGUGAUGAAUUGAUUCACCCGUAUUCGUGGCAUGAUACUUUUGUCACAAGCAAGUGCAAGCGUAUCGUUAGAAUCGAAACGUUGGCCAGCAGCUUGUUCACGCAAGCCUUGUCAUCGAGAGGUGCCAAGUCGGCUGCUCUCAUUCUCGAAGAAGUCGUCAAGGCGUUUGCGGACGAGAUUUCUCGCUGCAUUGCCGAUCCAGAUGUCGUUGGGUUUAAAUCCAUUAUUUGCUAUCGCGGUGGGCUUGACAUUCCUCGCGACGCUACGGGUGUUCAAGAGAAGAGCACACUGGCUUUUCAAUCCAUGGUUGAGCUAUUUGACAAGAGCAUCGACCCGUUCAAACGUCCGGAACAGCUUCCCUUCAACCAAAGUCUAGUCCACCUUACGGCUAGGCUCAUAAGCCAGAGCGAAAGCAAGCACAAGAAGGCCAUCCAGUUCCACACAGGCUUAGGCGACAAUGACAUUAUCCUAACAAAAUCAUCCCCGGCUCACCUGCAGCCUUUCAUCAGCCAGUACCCUACAGUACCUGUUGUUCUCCUCCACUCGAGUUAUCCAUGGACGCGAGAAGCUGGCUAUCUGGCGACCAUGUAUCCAAACGUAUACGCUGAUAUCGGAGAGGUGUUCCCUUUCUUGAAUAAAGAUGGGCAAGAAGGCAUUCUCAGACAGAUUUUGGAAUUGACUCCAUGGUCCAAGGUUCUCAUGAGUACCGAUGGCCAUUCGCACCCCGAAAUGUAUCUCAUCACGCUCAGGGAAAUCAAAUCUGUCAUGAAAACUGUGAUUGGUGGACAACUUGCCAAGGGCCAAUUGAACACGAAUCAAGCCGUCCAGCUCGUACAAGAUGUUCUUUACAACAACUCUAACAAGCUCUACGACCUCGGCCUGUCCCCUAAAGCAGUUCCCACAACGUUGCCAACUACAAUGAGUCAAGAUGAAGAUGAUGUUGCCGCCGCCCGAGUCCAACGGGAAGCUGAUAUUAGACAUCUCAGUUCACUGAAUUGCAGAUGGCUCCGGGUCUGCUGGCACGACUACACGUCCAGCUCCAAAAUGCGCCUUGUGCCUAUGAGACGAGUCCUUGAUAAUCUGCGUCGAGGUGAGGAUGUUCAUUUCACACUGACGUCAGCUACAUUCGGCAUUCUACAGACGGACGUGUUGAUCCCAUCGGUGAGCUCGUCUGGAGUGUAUGCCGUCCGCGUGGACUAUACAAAAGCCGUUUUGGGUCCAGCACCUGGUCACGCUUCGGUGUUCUGUGAAUUCAUGAACGAGGAUGGGUCGGAUCUCAACCUCUGUCCAAAAGCCCUGCUCAGGAAGACGAUCGAAAAUGCCAGGGGCCAUGGUCUCGAGUUCAAGAUGGGAUUCGAGCUUGAGUUUGUCAUCAUGGAGCGGAACCCCGACUCGAAUAGUCAAGAGAAAUAUCUCACGCUGCGAAAUGAUGGACAUUCUUGGUCCAUGGCCCGCGCUAUUGCCGACGCCGGUCGUCCUGGAAGCUUUAACAGCGCCCUCGAUGAGAUACUCGAUAACCUCACCGAUGCAGGCAUUGAUAUUGAACAAAUUCAUCCGGAGAAUGCCCCUGGCCAGUACGAAAUUAUACUUCCACCUAAACCACCGAUGGAAGCGUGCGAGGUCCUUCUAACAACCCGACUGAUCGUUGAGGCAGCUGCAGCACGACAUGGCUUUAGAAUGACGCUACAUCCCAAGCCGUUUCCCUUCAAUUGUGGCACAGCAAGUCACAUGCACAUGUCCAUCACCUCUUUGGGAGGCGAUUCCAAGGAGGUGUACGAGCCUUUCUAUGCUGGUAUAAUCAAGCACUUCACUGCUCUGAUCGCGCUUAUGUACAGCAACAUUGCGAGUUACGAGCGUAUGGUUGACUCAGCUUGGGCAGGCGGUCGCUGGGUUACUUGGGGCACAGAAAACAAAGAAGCCCCUUUGCGAAAGUGCAAGGACAGCCAUUGGGAGAUCAAGACGAUUGAUGGCAUCACAAAUCCAUAUAUAGCAAUGGCCGGCAUACUCGCAGCUGGUACACAUGGCGUUGUGACCAAAGAGAAACUGGUUGCAAAGGACUUUCUCGGCGACCCCGCCAAGCUCAGUGACGAGGAAAGGAGGGAAUUAGGCAUCACAAAGUCGUUCCCCAAGGACCUGAGGGCCGCCCUCAAGGUGCUCGAAACGGAUACGGAGCUGACGGACCUCUUGAACAAGGACUUUGUGAAGAGGUACAUUGAUAUGAAGACGGCUGAACUGGAGAUGUUAGAGCCAAUGGAAGCAACAGAACGCCGGCAAUGGUUGAUUGCACGUUACUAG